CCAAAUUGGCUAACGUUCAUAAAUAAAAUGAGUAAAGUCAGUAAUGUGGAUGACGUCCUGAGUGUACAUCAAGAUUUGCAAGACAGUUAUUUGAAAGAAUGCAUGUUGACCGAUCCAGAUCUUCUUGCCUGCAUUACGGAUAUAUGCGCCGCUUGUAUCGAUUUUUGCGAUUUCAUGGAGCGUAUGAGCCCAUACUACAUUGACGCCGAAUUGACGUCCAUGAUUGGCGCCUAUCAGGAAGAUGUCUAUGAUUCUGAGAACGAAAACGGAGACACAUUGAAAGAGAAUGCAGGAAGCUUUGAAGAAACAAUUGUAUCGCUGGACGAUAAAUUUACGCAAGUAUUAACACGUCUUCUGGACAGAAUCUGUGAUCUAGGAAGUGAUAACAAUAAUGAAAAACUGUUGAAUGUAUUCUGUAGGCUAGAUUUCAAUCUAUUUUAUACCGACAUUUUAAUACGACGUGGGAAAGAGAAGGCAACCACUCAAGAGGAGGUCUCCGGUUGACUGUUAAAUAUUCGUAUACAGUAAAAUUAAUUUAUAAACGCACAUGCGUAUACACAAUUGCAUCACGAAUUAAAUAAUAAGUGGCAUCGAGUAAUUAUGUACCGAUCUUAAAUCGAAAAUUCGCACUUUGAACAAAUGUACUUUAAUUUGUUAUCCUUAGUA